GCUCAGUCCCGCCUUCUCCUCCCCAAGUCCCGCCCGCGCAGCCGGCCCGGUUUUCUCCCGCCACUAGGGGGCGGCGGCGCUAAGGGCGGCCUUCUGGGCCGAAGCCGGCGACGCUCUAGGUAGCUGCGGCGGCUCCUCUGUGGCCAGUGGCAGCGGCGCUCUAGCCGGCGGCCGUGAGGGGCGGGCUCUCAGUGGUGCGGCCGGCAGGCAGCGAUGGCGGCCGUACGGGGCCUGCGGGUGUCGGUGAAGGCGGAGGCCCCGGCGGGGCCGGCCCUGGGGCUCCCGUCCCCUGAGGCGGAGUCCGGUGUUGACCGUGGCGAGCCGGAGCCCAUGGAGGUGGAGGAGGGCGAGCUGGAAAUCGUGCCUGUGCGGCGCUCGCUCAAGGAACUGAUCCCGGACACGAGCAGAAGAUAUGAAAACAAGGCUGGCAGCUUCAUCACUGGAAUUGAUGUCACCUCCAAGGAAGCAAUUGAAAAGAAAGAGCAGCGAGCCAAGCGCUUCCAUUUUCGAUCGGAAGUAAAUCUUGCCCAAAGAAAUGUAGCCUUGGACCGAGACAUGAUGAAGAAAGCAAUCCCCAAGGUGAGACUGGAGACAAUCUAUAUUUGCGGAGUAGAUGAGAUGAGCACCCAAGAUGUCUUUUCCUAUUUUAAAGAAUAUCCUCCAGCUCACAUCGAAUGGUUGGAUGAUACCUCCUGUAAUGUAGUUUGGCUGGAUGAAAUGACAGCCACACGAGCACUUAUCAAUAUGAGCUCCCUGCCUGCACAGGAUAAGAUCAGAAGCAGGGAUGCCAGUGAGGACAAGUCAGCUGAGAAAAGGAAAAAAGACAAGCAGGAAGACAGUUCAGAUGAUGAUGAAGCUGAAGAAGGAGAGGUUGAAGAUGAGAACUCAAGUGAUGUAGAGUUGGAUACGUUGUCUCAGGUAGAAGAGGAGUCUUUGUUAAGAAACGAUCUUCGUCCAGCUAACAAACUUGCUAAAGGAAAUAGGUUAUUCAUGAGAUUUGCUACAAAAGAUGACAAAAAGGAACUUGGAGCAGCCAGAAGAAGUCAGUAUUACAUGAAAUAUGGGAAUCCAAAUUAUGGAGGCAUGAAAGGAAUUCUUAGCAAUUCAUGGAAGCGAAGAUAUCAUUCCCGUCGUAUUCAGCGGGACGUGAUCAAGAAGAGAGCCCUGAUUGGGGAUGACGUUGGCUUGACGUCGUAUAAACAUCGACAUUCUGGGCUAGUGAAUGUUCCCGAGGAACCCAUUGAAGAGGAGGAAGAGGAGGAGGAGGAGGAGGAAGAGGAAGAGGAAGAAGAAGCCCAGGACAUGGAUGCAGAUGACAGAGUGGUGGUAGAGUACCACGAGGAGCUCCCGGCUCUCAAGCAGCCCCGGGAGCGGAGCGCGUCUAGACGGUCCAGUGCCAGCAGCUCAGACUCAGAUGAAAUGGACUAUGAUCUAGAACUGAAAAUGAUUUCCACGCCUUCACCAAAGAAAAGCAUGAAAAUGACUAUGUAUGCUGACGAAGUGGAAUCUCAGUUGAAAAAUAUUAGGAACUCCAUGAGGGCAGAUAGUGUAUCUUCAAGCAAUAUCAAAAACCGAAUUGGUAACAAAUUACCACCUGAGAAAUUUGCAGAUGUCCGACAUCUAUUAGAUGAGAAACGUCAGCACUCCCGUCCACGGCCACCAGUCAGCAGUACUAAAUCAGAUAUACGCCAGCGGUUAGGAAAAAGACCACAUUCUCCGGAAAAGGCUUUUAGUAGUAACCCCGUCGUUCGGAGAGAGCCCUCUUCUGAUGUGCAUAGUAGGCUAGGUGUUCCCAGGCAGGAUAGUAAAGGCCUCUAUGCCGAUACUCGGGAGAAGAAAUCAGGUAAUUUAUGGACUCGCCUAGGAUCUGCACCCAAGACCAAAGAAAAGAAUACGAAGAAAGUGGAUCACAGGGCGCCUGGCGCUGAGGAAGACGACUCUGAGCUGCAAAGGGCGUGGGGGGCUCUGAUUAAGGAGAAAGAGCAGUCUCGCCAAAAGAAGAGCCGCUGUUACCAGCACCCUUUUCCCAAGAAAAGUCAAUUCCCAGGUGCUUAUUGGACAUCCUUCGAGGGGGAAGAGGAGGGAAGCGGCCAGCUCACCCUUCCGGGACCCUAGUGUGGGGGCGAAUCUCACGGACCUGACCUCAGAGGUGCACCAGUGCCGCCCAGGUAGAUAAGAGCUGCAGCAUUGACUGUGCUUCCGUUCUUCCCUCGGGGAUUGCUCAUGGCAUGGGCCUCUUACUUGCUGUCAGCUUGAUGUGAAGAUCAAGUUCAGUGCUGUGGGAUUUUUAGGAACAAAAAACUGUGACGUCUGGAUUUGGGGUUGAUUUUUGUGCUAGGGGUGGGAUUAUGGGUUAAUGUUGAAGAAUUUUUAAGUCUGUAUUAUGUUUAAAACAUGAAUGAUUUGAAAGUUUAAAUUUUUAAUUUUUAUAUGUGGAAAUUCUUCCUGUUGGCUAAAGGGGAAGCUCAAGUGGUGUCGUCUUUUGUGCUGUUAAAUAUAUAUUCUAUUCUUUGGAAGAAGGCAGAGAGAGGAGUCUUAUUAUUUUUAAAUGCUCCUAGUUGUAUAGUCUGUCUGUUGUACAUAGAGUUCAGCUUGUGUUUUGGCCCCAGUAGGAAAAAAAUCCAUCCAUCUGAUAUGGGGUCCUGUUGUUUAUUAUCACUCUAGAAGUUAUACAUUGAUAUUUAUUCUUUCUGUCCCCACGUUGUGGCACCUGAAGACAUCUUCAAAAUUGGCAGAAAAGAUAAUAGUUAUAAAAAUUUUAGUUCAUUUAUUUUUAAACUCCUUUCAGAUUAUUUUACCAUUAGGAGGAGGUAGAUUGUUUCGUCUUCCUGUCUGAUUUUUGUUUUGUAGUAUUUAAUUUUGUAUUCCUCUGCAGUUUUAAGAAACAGUGUUUUUCUUCGGUUUGCUGGAACAUGGGCGUUAGAGAUGGUAAUAAACCGUGGUCCUUUUUGCGAUGUCACGACUCUUCACCGGCCUGGGCUGUUGCGCACACAGUGCAGCCUGGAUCCUGUCGAUCUUGUGGCUGAGCUAAUGGUCACAUUGAUAGUUGAUUACACUGUGGCACGAAUUAAUGCAGAACACUGUUAUUAAUAAAGGAAGUAAAGGGCUGCAAGAUUUGAGAGCUGCAACAAAAACUGGAUUGUCCCAUAUUUUGUUGAUUAACCUUGCUUUUUCUCCCUCCCUUUAGAGAGAUUAGAGGAUAUAACCAUGAUAUAUUUCAGCUUCUUAUUAGGAUUCUAGGAAAGAGAUGGUUCUGGUUUCUCUGCCAGUUGAGACUUAAGACAUCUGAGAUUUCUCAGCUUUUCUUUCCCUGUGAAGCAUACGGCUGAGAGCCAGGUUCUUAGGAAGGGUCAGGGUUUGGGGAGUUGGUAGAGUGAGGAGUGCGGGGGUCUGAGAAUCGGACACCUGGAUGCCAACCCCUGGCUCUGCUCCAUGGACCUGGGCCUCAGUUUUCCCGUCUAGCAGUUGAGUGGGCUGUUACCAGAAUUCCUGGCUUUGUUGGUGCAUCUCAGUGGCGGUUUACUCUUCCCAAGCUGUGACGGCAGUGGGCUCGCCAGCAUGAAUUUCUGCUGCAGGUGGAGGAGGCGCCAGGGAGACAACUGAGGGCGCGCAUGAGGUGUAGACAGGGGCUUAUUCCCAUCCCAGCACAGUCUCUGCUUCUGCUGACGGGGCAAAGAUGUCUUGUGGUCAGGGUCCCAGCUGGCGUGGCCUCUGCAGGGUUUAGAAUAUGCUCCUUCACAGACUUUCCUUUUGGUUUUACACCAGCAGCUCAGGUCCAUUUGUUCCACGGCCUUUCAGCACUCACCAGUCUCCUGCUACAGAUCAGCGAAGACAUUCUGGAAGGAGGUGGUGUGCAGUCAAAACUGGGUCUUUGAUCUAACCAAGAGAAAUACACACUUGAGUAACCUUACAGUUUUCACAGACACACAGAGAGAACCCAGAAAGGCAGCUUGAAAGAUUUUUACUUCUCGGAGUUACUGGCCUUAUUAGUUUCUCUAACCCUCCUGCCCACUCUCAGUCACUCAGAUCUUGCAACAUCUUGAGUGUGUCCUGAAUGACGAGGCCUUUUCUUUGGAGUUUAAGAGUGAGAAUGGAUAGUCAGGACAGGCCCGUGGCAGGCAGCUGGGCGUGCUUUUACCCUGGACACUCCCCACACAUGUGGGCACAGGGCUGCACACUUUGUGUGUUCCUCUUAGUCUUAUGUGUAGGAGAUUUUACAUACAUGUUUGCUGCUUGAUGAUAAUUGCAGAUACCUCAUUUGUUUCCCACUCUCCUCUCUGGAGAGUUACCAGGUACCCAGGAUAAUUUGUGGCGUCCUCAGGAUGUAGUCUCCUCCUCUGGCCCCCUUGUAGUCUGAUCCUGUGAACCCCUCCCCGUUCUUCAGCCACUGCCCUUUCCAGCUGCAUUUGUACAGCAGCCUCUUCACUGGUCUCUGCCCUGUCUCCAUUCUGCACACUGCAGCGGGAUGAACCUUUGUUGUUGUUACCAGCUUAAUUUAGAUGUAAUUUGCAUACAGUUCAGCCAUUUAAAGUGUACACUUGAGUGGCUUUUAGUAUAUUUACAGUUAUGCACCAGCACUGUAAUCAAUUUUAAAACACUUUGAUCACCCAAAGAAACCCUGAGUCCAUUAGCAAUUCUCCCUAUUCCCUCUUCCCUCUUAGCCUCUGGCCACCACUGAUCUUCCUUCUCUCUCUGUGGAUUUGCCUGUUCUGGAUAGUUCAUAUAAAUGGGAUCAUAUACGAUGUGUCUAUUUGUGACUGGCUUAACAUAUUUCUGAGGUUCAUCCAUGUCAUAGCAUAUAUCAGUAUUUCAUUUUUUUAAAUUGCCAAAUAAUAGUCCAUUUUAUGGGUAUGCCACCUUUUUUUUAAUCCACAUUGGUUAAUGGGCAUUUGAGUUGUUUCUACUUUAGGGCUAUAUAUACAUAUUUCUAUUUCUAUUUCUAUUAUUUAUUUUUGAGACACAGUUUCGCUCUUGUUGUCCAGGCUGGAGUGCAAUGGCACGAUCUCGGCCCACUGCAACCUCCGCCUCCGGGGUUCAAGCGAUUCUCCUGCCUCAGCCUCCAGAGUAGCUGGGAUUACAGGCAUGUGCCACCACGCUGGCUAAUUUUUUGUAUUUUUAGUAGAGACAGGGUUUCACCAUGUUGGUCAGGCUGGUCUCGAACUCCUGACCUCAGGUGAUCUGCCCACCUCUUCCUCCCAAAGUGCUGGGAUUACAGGUGUGAGCCACUGCACCUGGCCCUACUUUUUGGCUAUUAUGAAUAGUGUUGCUACGAACAUUCCCGAACAAGUUUUUGCAGGGACAGGUAUUUUCAUGACUCUUGGGUAUAUACCUAGGAGUGGAAUUGCUGACUCAUAAUUAUCUUUAACCUUUUCAGGAACCACCAGGUGGUUUUUCCAAGCAGCUGUAUCAUUUUCCAUUCCCACCAGCAGUGUGCGAGGGUUCCAGUUUCUCCACAUCUCCACCAACACUCAUUAUUUUCUGGUGUGAAGUGGUAUCUCAUUGUAGUUUUUUGUUUUUAUUUUUUCUUUUUAAAAUACAUUUUGUACAGAUGGGGUUUCGUUAUGUUGCCCAGGCCGGUCUAACACUCCUGGCCUCAAGUGAUCCUCCUGCCUCGACCUCCCAAAGUGCUGAGAUUACAGGCAUGAGCCACCACGCCUGGCCCUCAUUGUGGUUUUGAUUUGUAUUUCCCUAAUGACUAAUGAUGUCGGGCACCUUUUCACAUGCUUCAGGAUGAACUUUCUUAAAUAUAUAUCUGAUUCUGUUAUUCCUCUGCUUGAACGUUUUCCAAAGCUUCACUAUUGCCCCGAGAAUAAAUUCCACACUCCUGAUCGCAUGAGCCCAGUAAUUCAAGGCUGCAGUGAGCUAUGAUCAAGCCACUGCACUCCAGCCUGGGCAGCAGAGCAAGACCUGUCUCAAAAAAUACAUACAUACAUAAAUUCCACCCUUUUUGAUAGCAUGUUAUAAGGCUCACCAAGGUCUGUCCUCUGGCAGUAUCCCUGGCCUGUUCUCCCCAUCUCCCCUGCCCUCUGCUCACCAGUUCCCUAAAUGCAUCUUGAUCUCACUAGCCCUACAGACUGUGCACAGAGCUGUUUCUACCUCCAGUGACAUGCUUCCGCCCAGGCUUCUCCCCGCUUCCGCCUCAAUCUUCCCCUCACCAACUUAAGGUCUUAGGGGCCCUUCUAGGAGGCAGUCCCCAACUUCCAGAGCCAGGGUAUAGGCUACUUCUAUGUGUCCCAUGGUACUGCCACAGAAGAGUCUCAGCUCUCUCCAGGAUUCAGUUCUAAGGUCAGUGCCUAAGAUAAAAAUGGAGUGUAAUUAAAAUUCCUCUUAGAAAUCUAAGGAAGGUGCCCUAUUGAAGACCAACAUCUUGAGGUCCCAUGUAGUCAUUUCUUGCCCAUGUGGGAGCACAUUACUGUUUGGUUGAGUACCAGGUGAAGUGAUUGGCCUGCAGUUAGGGCUGUGUUGUGCAAAAAUCACUUGUUUUGGGGUGUUAGAACCACAUUUAGGCGAGAAGAUCACUUUUGGGGAGCUUGGGAACUGAGGCAGGCCGCAAGUGCGGCAGAGGCAUGAGCUUGCCUGGGCCUGCCCUCUUGUCUAUGCUCAUGGAGUGAAGGAGGGGCCAGCGGAAUGGCCCAAACAACUGAUUUGUUUUUCUUUUUUUAAAUCUUUUUCAGACAAAUACCAUUGUGUUUAAGCGAAAUAUGUGUAUAAUACCAAAUCACUGUACCCCACAACCCUGCACACCUCUACACUGGACUGUAAUUUCUUGUUCCUAGUUUGUCUUGCUAGACUGUAAGCUCCGUGAGAGCAGGGACCGUGUCUGCUUGUUGAGUGGGCUUUCCCCCGUGCCUGCCAGCAUGCCUGGCAUCUAGCAGGUCUUCUGUAAAGAUGGGAUGAGUUUGUAAACCCUCCAGCCUCAGGAGUGGCUCCAUCCUCUGAGGCUCUGGGGCCCUCUGGCAGGCUAGUCAUUUUUCUGCCAUGUACGUACAAUGCUUUAUUUUCAUGUUGUAUUUUCCUUUCUAGCCAGUAAGCAAGCUCCUAAUGAGCAAGUUUCUUUGUGGUGUUAUCUCUGUAUCCUUUCAUCAGGCCAGCCCAGAGUAAGUAGUGCUUCGAAAGUGUUUGGUAAAUGAAUGAAUUAUGGUAACCCAGCCCAGCUCUGGCAUCACUGUCUGCAGGUUAGUCUAAUUCUAGAUGAAAGCCCCAGAUUCAAAAAAGGGAAGAUUAUUCAGAAGUGCAUAUGGUUGUAUAAGAAAAAAAAAAUCUCAUUCAAUAGACCUGAGUAAACUUCAAAUUUUGAUGAUCUGGCCAUGUCGGAGCUGAAGCUUACCAGCUCUCUAAAGCAUAUGCUAGGGAAUCAUGCAGAUGGUCCAAAAUAUUUUUUAGAAAAUUAUUCAUCUGUCCCGGGAUAGAAGUAGAAGAAGCUGGUAGGCAGACGCUAGACCCUAAAGAAGGACUGCUGAGCCAGUUCUUAAGCGUGUGGUCCUGUCGGUGAGGAAAGUGACAGCAGUCCAGAGCAGGUGAAAAGAGCAGAGCUCAUUCCUGCAGUGGCUCUUUUGCCUAAAGCAGCAUUCCUCGAACUUCUCACUCGAAGCAUUAAGUUACGGUGAGAUGCUAACACACGCUUUAGACUUAAGUCAAAAUUUACUGUGAAGCCACAGCAAACUAUGGCUUCACAGAUGAAUUAGUUGCUACACAAAUAAGUUUGAUACAUAAGUACAGUAAUUGCUUUUAAACCUUAUAAUAACAAGCAGUAAAUUAGAAGUUAAACCAUGUUUUUCUUUUACGAACUGAAAGAAGAGAAUGCUUUUGAUACUGAGAAUCGCACACUGUGUCCAGGCAGAUUGUUCUUGCAUAACCAGACCCACAAUAAAUAUCUACAACUUUUCUUACAUGUUUAUAAAAUAAAUCUUAGAAGAAAAAUAUUGUAGCUUUUUUUUUUUUUUUUUUCAGUGAAACUCUAUGAACAUUUCACAGAACUUUGUUCCUGGGAGUAGUUAGGGAAAUGCUGCUUCAAAAAGCCAAUUUUAAGUAGUUGUGAGGCAUCCGAGUGGAAUUUGGCUGCACUAUCCAUAAAACUUGAGAGUAUAGGCGGUAUUUCACCUACCAAGGUCAGUACCCUGCCUCAGGAUUCUUACUGUUCAUUUGAGCAAUUCCGGGGCCCUCUCUGGAUGACCAGGUUCGUAAAUAGUUGAGACUUUGUGUUAUCUCAAAUUGUCACCGUCACCUCUGGGCCAAUAUAGGUUAGUGAGGUCGAGAGGCCCACAUCAUUGGCAGAAGAGAAUUCUCAGGCCGGGCUUGGUGGCUCACGCCUGUAAUCCCAGCACUUUGGGAGGCCGAGGCGGGUGGAUCACCUGAGGUCAGGAGUUCAAGAGCAGCCUGGCCAACAUGUUGGAACCCCGUCUCUACUAGAAAUACAAAAAUUAGCUGGGCAUGGUGGUGGGCACCUGUAGUCCCAGCUACUUGGGAGGCUGAGACAGGAGAAUUACUUGAACCCGGGAGGCAGAGGUUGCAGUGAGGUGAGAUCGCGCCACUGCGCUCCAGCCUGGGCGACAGAGUGAGACUCCGUCUCAAAAAAAAAAAAAAAGAAAGAAUUCUCACCUUCCUGUCCCUUCCUAGGAGUUUUGUGGUAGUGUUCGAUCCUGUGAUGUGGCCAUCUUCUCCUCAGGGCCUGUGAGAGGCAGGCAGCAUCUUUAGCUGAGGUAGAAUGCCUGUUGGGGAAAGUCAAAUAGGAUGGCAGCUGGGGCCGGGGCUCUGGGGACUCCUUCUGCCCCACAUACUCAAUUGGAAAGACUGAGCAAGUCCCCUCACCUCCCUGGGCCUCAGCUUCCCUGCCUGACAAAUGGAGGGCUCAACUGGGGUGAGCUCCAGUUUCCUUCUAGUGCUAAUGUGUGUUCAAGGACCCUUGCUCUCCUUUCCAGGGAGCAUCAGGGGUGUGGGCUAGACAGCAGGAAAGAAGUAGGGGUUUGUAAACAAGAGAUCCAAGCCCCUGGACCCUUGGUCCCAGCACCCAGUGCAGCCCUCGCCCUCCCAGCCCCUUCCUUAGAAAGGACAAGAAAAUCCACUCCUUGUUCUCUCCCUGUCCCAUCACCCCUGCAGUCCCCCACAGAUCUGAGGCCGGAGGAUGCCAACAUGGUGAGCACCCUCUUGCUGUCUUAUUCACGUAGGCUUUUCUUGGUGCCUGCACAUGGCUCUUGUAAGGCCACCAAUCUUGCUGGAUUAUGACCUCAUUUAACCUUAAUUACUUCCUAAAAGCCAUAUGUCCAAGAAGAGCCACACUGGGGGUUAGGGCUUCAACAUAUGAAUUUGGAGGACAUUUACAGUUCAGUCCACAGCACCUGGUCAUGUGGAGAUCCCAGUCUGCAUUUGUGGGAUGAAAUCUCUGCUUUUUUAAAGUUUACACACCACCUAGCUGGGCACGUGGCUCACACCUGUAGUCUCAGCACUUUGGGAGGCCGAGGUGGGGAUCACCUGAUGUCAGGAGUUCGAGACCAGCCUGGCCAACAUGGUGAAACCCCGUCUCUACUAAAAAUACAAAAAUUAGCCGGGUGUGGUGGCGGGCACCUGUAGUCCCAGCUACUCGGGAGGCUGAGGCAGGAGAAUCGCUUGAACCCAGGAGGCAGAGGUUGCAGUAAGCUGAGAUUGUGCCACUGCACUCCAGCCUGGAUGAAAGAGCAAGACUCCAUCUCAAAAACAAAAAUAAGAAAAGUCUACACACCAAAAGAGCUGAAGGCAGGAGAGUUUGUGGUGGUUCAGAAUCCUGAUUCUGGAGGAAACAGACCUGUUUGGAGUCCCAGCUCUGCUCCUUACUAGCUAUGUGGCCUCUCAGAGGCAGCAUCCUUAUCUGAGAAAUCGGGUUGACCUUGUAGGUGGCUGAGAGGCUCAGAUGAGGGCUUGCAUGUGAGGCCUUGGCACUGAGCAGGGCACUCCUACUGAGCGUUCAAAGGUCGUGAGUACCACUGCUCUGCAGCCCUGGGCUCUGGUCUCAGCAAUGCCGUCACUCUUUCUGGCUUCCUAAGAGUCAGAAGGCAAGUGGGAGAAUAGAACCAUUUCCUGUGUCUGAAGGCUGUGCCUCAGUGCUUUUGACUCACUCUGAAGACAGCAGGCAGCCCUUUCUGUUUUUUUUGGAGAUGAAGUCUUGCUCUUGUCGCCCAGGCUGGAGUGCAAUGGCGCAGUCUCGGCUCACUGCACCCUCCGCCUCCCAGGUUCAAGCAAUUCUCCCACCAUAGCCUCCCGAAGCUGGGACUACAGGCACACGCUGCCACGCCUGGCUAAUUUUUUGUGUUUUUAGUAAAGACAGGGUUUCACCAUGUUGCCCAGGCUGGUCUCAAACUCCUGAACUCAGGCGAUCCGCCUACCUCGGCUUCCCAAAGUGCUGGAAUUACAGGUGUCAGCUACCACGCCCGACCCACAGGCAGCCCUUUCACCUCACGCCGAGCACGUCUCCUCCAUCCAUGAACAUUUUGCAACUUUUUUUAAAGAGACAGGUUCAUACUAUGUUGUCUAGAUUGGACUCAAACUCCUGGGCUCAAGCUUUCCCAAGUAGCUUGAACCUCUUAAGUAACUGUGACUACAAGUGCACCUGGCCACUUUUUCUGAGACGGAGUCUCGCUCUGUCACCCAAGUGGAGUGCAGUGGCAUGAUCUCCGCCCACUGCGAGCUCCGCCUCCUGGGUUCACGCCAUUCUCCUGCCUCACCCUCCUGAGUAGCUGGGACUACAGGCACCCGCCACCACGCCUGGCUAAUUUUUUUUGUAUUUUUAGUAGAGACCGGGUUUCACCGUGUUAGCCAGGAUGGUCUCGAUCUCCUGACCUCGUGAUCCGCCUGCCUCGGCCUCCCAAAGUGCUGGGAUUACAGGCGUGAGCCACCACGCCUGGCCCACCUGCCCAUUUUUUAAAAACUUUAUUCUUCCUGGUAUCAAGGGGAGAAAGAAAAAAAAUUUUAAAAAUAUAUAAAACUUUAUUUUGAAAUAAUUUCAAAAUCACAGCAGUUUGAAGGGUAUAACAAAGAACAUUUUGCCACAUUUUCUCUUUCAUUCGUUCCCUCCUCUUCUCCCUCACCCCUUUUUCUUCCUAUCCUCUCUGAACCACGAACCAUUUGAGGAUUAUUUGUAUACAUCAUGCUCGUUUAUCCAUAAGAUGUUUUAGUGAACAUUUCCCAAGAACAGGGACAGCCUCUCACAUGCCCAUGGUACAGUUCUCAAAUUCAGGAAAUGUGUAAUAUUCUCUGAUCAGCCCAGGAGUUGCUAAUUUGUAGUUCCUGUUUCAGAUUUGCCAACUGUCCCAAUAAUGAUUUUGAAAGCCGUUGUUUUUCUGGUCCAGGAUCCAAUCCAGGAUCAAGCGCUGCCUUUAGUUGUCCUCUCUGCAGCCUCCUUUCGUUUGGAGCAGGUCCUCAGCCUUUCUGUCUUUCAUGACAUUGAUGUUUGUGAAGAGUACAGUCCAGUUUCUGUUGUAGAACGUCCUUGAAGUUGGUCCCGGAAUAUUUGUUUAAAGUGAGUUGGGAAACCACAUUCACAUGUCUUUUGGUUAUGUGUGCAUUUGUCAAACAGCCAGCCUUGUGCUGCGUGCUGUGACGGGGAGCAUUACUCAACAGAGCCUGGCCCUGACCUUGGGGAUGUAGUUUGGGUUUGUGGGGAAAGCAGCUACCGCCAGGUGGGCUUUACGGACCCCUGUGUGUCUCAUGACUAGAGGCACUGACGCUUGGAUAAAUACAUACUGGAUGGAUGCAGGAUGAGUCCACAUUCUAGAAAUGUGCAGAGGUACAGAAGUGGCCCUGCUCCCUGUCCAGCACCCAGUCAUCAGCUUUCCCUGGCUUCCCGAGGCACCCUGACGUUCACACUCCAAACACAAAGUCUUCUCUCAGGAAUCUCGAGUGAGCUGCAGUCUGGGUUCUAGCACUGCCCUAGCAGGGAUCUGCUCAGUGACUGGGCUGCUCUCUUCCUGCUUUAGGCCAGUGCGGGGGAGAGGAGACCACUGUGACUCUCCCCAGUGCCCUUGGAGCGCAGAAUGAAGUGAGGGGAGGAGGAGGGUCACGAGCCCUGGAGCGCUGGGAAGACAGGCUGUGGGCCGCAGGCCCCGAUCCUGCCUGGGACGAGGUUCAACAGAAGUAGGAUGGUUUCAUCAUGACCUGGCAGGAAAACCACCAGACCUGGAAUUUUGCUUUUACAACUGUUUAACUUCUGUUUCAUACAGGAUGAAAACCGGUGAAUUGUAAUCUCACAUAACCGAGCAAGAUCUAGUAGUCAUAAGCACUUUGUCAGAGCAAAGCAGACAAGGCAAAGUGUUGGAAAUGUCAUCGGAUCUUCACAGAACCUUAGCCAAGCAACCUUUCAAUGCGAGAAACAAAAUAACAUGGAUUUUUAUCUAGUAAUGAAGUCAACACCAUUGUCCACCCUGGGUUAACACAUUCACAUCUCAAAGCGAAUGGGGCUGCAGGCACUCAUGUGAGAGAGCCUUGGAAUGUCCUGCCUUUUUACGUUUAAUUAAAAUUAAAUAAAAUAUACAAAAUUCAGUUCA